CCAGGAUUACUGACACCUCCCCUUUCUUUUGCAGGGUCAUAUUUUUCUCCUCUGCUCUUUGUUGCAAUCAUCCUGGGGCUGCAGUGGCCCCGGGGGGCAGCAGCUUUCCCUGCCAUGCCCCUCUCCAGUCUGUUUGCCAAUGCCGUGCUGAGGGCCCAGCACCUCCACCUGCUGGCUGCUGACACAUACAAAGAGUUUGAACGGACCUAUAUUCCAGAGGAGCAGAGGCAUUCCAACAAAAUUUCCCAAUCAGCAUUUUGUUAUUCAGAAACCAUUCCUGCUCCCACAGGAAAAGAUGAUGCCCAGCAGAAAUCAGACAUGGAGCUGCUUCGGUUUUCACUGAUUCUCAUUCAGUCCUGGUUAAACCCAGUGCAGUUCCUAAGCAGGGUGUUCACCAACAGCCUUGUGUUUGGCACCUCAGACAGAGUCUACGAAAAACUGAGGGACUUAGAAGAAGGUAUCCAGGCUCUGAUGAGGGUAAGCAGCAGCAUGUGACAUGAUUACAGAAUCAUAUGGCUCUCCCGGACUCCAGCAGACAGAGCUUUCUUGGGGGCUGGCUCAAGACUCGCCCAGGGACUAGGGACCAUCCCAAACUUCCCCACUUCCUGCUCCAAAUGCAAGCUGCA